AUGUAUUACUCUAUUGCUUCCCUGCUGGCAGCUCCGUUGCUCGUUCUCGCACAAUUUCCCCCACGGGUCGAAUAUUCGAAUGUCCUGAAAUCGCCCAUCAAUGAAAACAUCACCAUUUCCUAUAACACGCCCUCAUCUGAGACGUGUAUGACGGCUUUCGAUACCCAAAAGCAGUAUACUGGUUACAUCGGUCUCCCACCGUUCACCCUCGCCCCAAUACAGCAGAACUACUCGAUCAACACCUUCUUCUGGUUUACGGAAGCGCGACAAAACCCAGAGACUGCUCCGCUGACUAUCUGGAUCAAUGGAGGACCGGGAAGUAGCAGUAUGAUCGGCAUGUUUGCUGAGAACGGACCAUGCGAAGUCGUUCAAAUGAAGGAUGGUUCAUGGGGCACUCAAGCGCGUAUGUGGGGCUGGGACAGAAGUUCGAACAUCCUUUACAUCGAUCAGCCAACUCAGGUCGGUUUCUCUUACGAUACACUUACGAAUAUGACCUACAACGUCAUGCUUGAAAGACUCCAUUCCCUCAACUUAUCUGGUGGAUGGGUACCAGCCUGGACCGAACUCAAUGGCACAUUUAGUUCAAAUAACCCGGAUGCCACCAGCAACACCACCGACAUCUCAGCUAUGGCUGCGUGGCAUUUCCUCCAAGGCUUUCUUUCUGCCUUUCCCCAAUACAAUCCAGGUGUUCAACCAAACAGCUCACACAUCUCGACAACUGGUAUCAACCUGUUUGCCGAAAGCUAUGGUGGCAUAUAUGGACCGACCUUUGCCAACUACUUUGAAGAGCAAAAUGCAAAGCGAGCGAACGGCACUCUGCCCACGAAUUCGACCUUAGAGAUUAGGCUUACAUCUCUAGGAAUCGUGAAUGGCAUGAUUGAUUCGUUGAUUCAGGACUAUUACUACGCCGCUAUGGGUUACAACAAUACCUUCGGCAUACAAGCAAUCUCGCAAACCGAGGAGCUCAAUUUGAUUACAGAAUACAACAGUCAGUGCAGCACCGAAAUCGAGACUUGCCGCCGUCUCGCUAAUCAAACUGAUCCGGAGAACGAGGGAGAUAGCGACCAAGCCAAUAAUGCUUGUCAAGCAGCAGCAACCUCAUGCAACAGAUUGACGGGACCUUUUCUUGACAGUGGCCUUGAUGUAUACGAUAUUCGUGUCAAGAAUCCGUCGCCAGAUCCAUCAUGGGCUUUUCUGGAGUAUCUGAACACGGCGUCGGUACAGAAGGCGAUUGGAUCUCGCGUGAAUUAUACUCAGCAUAGCGACGCAGUAUCAAUGGCCUUCUACAAUACUGGUGAUUCGGUACGGGGUGGUCAAAUUGAUGACAUUGCUAGCCUCCUUCGAGCCGGGGUGCGCGUUUCGCUUAUUUACGGCGACGCUGAUUAUAUCUGCAAUUGGAUGGGCGGUGAGGCUGCUUCAUUCGCCGUGGCUGCAGCGCUUCCCGAAUACCCGUCAAACGAUUCUUCAUACCUCUCUGGCUGGAACAGUGCAGGUUAUGCUGAUAUCGUUGUUAACACGACCUAUGUCGGAGGUGCUGUACGCCAGUUUGGCAACUUGUCUUUCGCCCGCAUUUAUGACGCUGGCCAUAUGGUACCAUAUUACCAACCUGAGACAGCAUUCACUGUGUUCACUCGAGUUAUUGAUGGCACGGAUCUUAGCACUGGAGAAGCGAUCAAUCUUUCCAAUUUUAGCUCAUCUGGCCUCAAGAACUCAACACAUACUAACAUCGCUCCAUCUAAGCAAGCGGCCCCAACUUGUUGGUUCAGAGCAAUGCAAGACUCCUGCUCGUCCGAAGAAACAGCACAGAUGAGGGAUGACAAGGGAGACACGGGACUUUUCGUCAACGGUAUCUACUAUUCAGACCCAAAGAAAGCACCUAGCAGAACUACCACGGCUAGCAAAAGUGGUGUCUCUCCAAGCAGAUCACCGACAAGCUCAAGUUCUACGCGCGGUUCAAGCAACAGCGGCAGCAGCAGUGGUAGCACAUCGACCAUAGCGAUGACUGGAGUUUUUACAGCAACGGCGACACCCAGCCCCAGUUCGGGACGAGCCUCGAGUGGAAUUGGGGUCAUACACGGGUGGAUUCAGAGUCUGCUUGUGUUAAUCGUUACGAUGGUGGUUACGUGA